AUGUCCGGUGAGUUGUCCAGUACAUCUUUAGGAAAGCUGAAGGCGUUAAAUACCUUUGUGGACGCCGAAGGCUUACUAAGAGUAGGUGGUCGACUAGAUAAUGCGGACAUUAGUUAUGACCAAAAACAUUCAAUUAUUUUACCAAAGGCCAAUUUGGCCAUUGACAUUUUCAUUCGAUCAGAGCAUGAACGUUUGCUACAUGCUGGCACCCAGACAACUUUAGCAAAUAUCAGAUUAAAAUACUGGCCUAUAGAUGGUCGCAAUACUGUCAAGUGCAUAAUCCACAAAUGUGUAAAGUGUGCUCGGUUUAGAGCUACUUGUGCAGAGCAGCUAAUUGGAAGUUUGCCAAAAGACCGAGUCACUGCUUACAGGCCAUUUCAGAUUGAAGGAGUGGAUUUUGCAGGGCCAGUGUUAUUGCGAGCUAGUCGAUUGAGGCAGGCACCUUGCAUUAAGGCCAAUAUAUGCCUGUUUGUUUGUAUGGCCACUAAGGCCAUUCAUAUUGAGUUAGUGUCUGGAUUGUCAACAGACGCCUUUUUAUCGGCCUUACGUCGUUUUAUAGCAAGACGUGGGUGCUGUUCAGUCAUCCACAGCGACAACGGGAGAAACAUUGUAGGCGCAAAGUCUGAAUUGCGGCAAUUAGCUACAUUAUUUCAGUCUGAUAAGUCAAAAGGGGAAUUAAUCACUGCGUCAUCAAAUUUAGGUAUUACAUGGAAAUUCACGCCUUCCCAUGCUCCUCAUUUUGGAGGAUUAUGGAAAGGAUCUAUCAAAGUGAUGAAACAUCAAAUUAGAAGAAUUAUCGGGUCUCAUUGCCUCACAUUUGAGGAAUAUACAACGCUUCUAUACCAAAUCGAAGUUGUACUGAAUUCUCGACCUAUCUCGCCCUUACGGAUGACAGCACCGAUAUAG